GAUAAUAAGUUAUACAGGCAACAGGAAAAAGAAGAUAGUAAAUUUCUAUAUUGCAACUGUACAUGUAUUGUAAUUUGUAUCAUAGUCAUUAUUAAGUUGCAAUCUAAUUUUUCAUCAUGGCAACUAUCCUAUCACGAUCUAGUACAACUGGCUUUUACAAUGCCCCAGUUACAAAGGGAUUGAUGGGUUGUCUUUUCCUCACAUGCACAAGCCUCAAUGUUCCCCUGUUUGCACAUCUGCGACGCUACCUCAUAUGCAACCUUCCAGAAGUCAUCAGCAAAGGAGAAAUAUGGAGGAUUUUAUUAGCAAAGCUUUCAUUUGUGGAUAUGAAAGAUUUGGUGGUGGGCUUUUUAUUGAUGUAUUAUUUCAGAAUAUUUGAGCGACGUUAUGGGUCACACAAGUUUGCAUCAUAUCUGAUCGCAAAUCAAUGUGUGACAACUCUAUUGGAAACAGUCACUGUGCUAUCACUACACUAUGCUGGGUUUGAUCUGCACAACGGGGGCCAUCUUCCUCCAGGACCGUACGGGUUAAUAUUCCCACUAUUUGUUAGCUACUACUGCGAUAUACCACACGUGGCACAGACGCGCGUGCUAGGCGUGCCCAUCACGGGCAAGACUCUCACGUACCUCUUGGGUCUGCAGCUCGCCUACACGUCGCCCGCCACCGCCAUCUCGGCGCUAUGUGGCGUUGUGUCUGGGCUGAUCUACCGGCACAACGUGCUCUACAUCCAGCGGCUGACUUUUAUCCCUGCCGUGGUGGGGCGGUUCGCGGCGGCGACGCUGGGGCCGCUGCUGGCGAGUGCCCCACCUCAGGAGACCCUCACUGGAGCCACGCUCGAACUGCAGCGGCAGGAGGAAAUGGAGCUCUGGGACCAACAGAUGCUCAUGAGGCAACGAGGCAGACACAUGCAGAUGGAAGGCGAUGAGGGCCGUCGCGCGGGGGCGGAGCUGAACGGGUUCCUAAACCCCCAACCGCCGCCACCUCCCUCCGAAGACCAAAUCCAGACGCUGGUGGCGAUGGGCUUUGAUCGGCAGCGCGUCCUCAGUGCCCUCAGGGACUCUCACAACGACGUGAACACUGCAUCCCACAUCCUGCUGCAGCAGGCGUCGUGAGUCCUGCAGCAGCAGGCGUCGUGAGUCGUGCAGCAGCAGGCGUCGUGAGUCCUGCAGCAGCAGGCGUCUCGUGUUUAUCAAUUAAUUAUCAAUAUCUCUCUUUUCCUGAAAUAUUCUGUUUAUUUUGUGCGCGUCUCAGCAGCUUUGACAACUUGAUUUUGAUUGAUUUGUGUUCAAAUUCAACUAUUGUUUUUAUUGAGGAAAAUGUUUCCAGUUGUUACAUAUUUACUGUAACUAUCUAUCUAUUGUGUAACUCCAGUUGAUAAUGUAGUUUGGUUAAAAAUUGUAUUUAUCAUUGUAU